CAGGCUCAGUAAAAGCCAGUCGGUGGUGGAGAGUGCAGGAAUUUCAGUUCUGUGAGUGUACUCCAACAUUGUGUGAAGAUGUGCCCCACGCUGCGCUUGUUGGUGCUUAUUAGCAUAACAGGAUGUGUUGAACUGAUCUCAGUCAGGACUCCGCAGAAACAUGUCACCGUUACAAUGGGUGAGAGUGCCCUGCUCCAAUGUAUGUUCGUGUCUGCCGAGGAGACCACGGCCCUCACCAUCCAGUGGGACUUUGUUUCACCAUCCACCAUGACGCCACAGCAGGUGUAUUACUAUCAGGCAGGACAGGAUGUCAUAACAGACUCUUAUAAAGGCAGGGUUCAGCCUCCCUAUUCUCCCGGCAAGACCAGCAACGCCUCAAUAUCAAUAAGCAACAUGCAACCAUCAGAUGCCGGAGUCUACACUUGUCAGGUUCACAACUUUCCUGACGUGGACGGAGAGUCUGAGGCCAAUGUCAUUGUGAAUGUCCUUGAGAAGCCCUCUACUCCUUAUUGCUCCGUCCACGGUGAUGUGGAAUCGGGUCACCUGGUCACUCUGACCUGCCACAGUGAGCGUGGGAGCCCGAACCCGAAAUACACCUGGAUCAGACUGGAUGAGACUAAGACAAGGAGGCCUGUACUGGGAAGAGCAACCGAAACUGGAGUACUGAAAAUCAGAAACAUAUCCCAGUUUGAGUUUGGGGAGUACCAGUGCACCGCUACGAAUGCGGUGGGAUUUUCAACAUGCACUGUAGAGCUGAGUCCUGAAGUGGAAGAUGGAGUGAUUGCUGGUGCCGUGAUCGGCGCGCUGCUCGGGUGUGUCCUGAUCCUUCUGGUGGUGUGGUUCAUCGCUCACACUCUGAAGAAACGCAGAUACAAACGGGUCAACCCAUCAGAGGCCAAUGAGAUGAAGAGGAGCACUCCUCAGGCCCAGCAGGCCUCAGAUAGCGUUACCGUGGAAACCCCGGCCAGCAACCUCCAUGCUGAGGGAGAUGAGCCACAAGCCUAAAAAAAAAAAGGCCCGGAGCAACUUCACUCUCCUGAACAGGAUGUCCAGUCUUUGACAUACGGCAUUCUAACAUUUAAUCAACGUGGCAAAGCUCACGUUCGUGUUCAAACUUGCGUUUUGUUAUACGUUUGCUGAAUCAUGAAGUUAAGAUGCUCACCAUCUUUAACAUGUCUUCCAUGUGUUUUUUUUACUUAAAAUGUGCUUUAGUUCUGUUUGCUUUGCCAUUUAGUUAGUGUGCCAAUCAAACCAUGUUGAAGAGCCCUGCAUUUUUUAGAGGUAAAAUAAAUGCUCCCAGUUUUGUACGUAGCACCUUUAAGUAUCACAAUUUCCGCAUAAAAUUGAAAAAAAUGUACAGUUAAAUGGAUAGUACAAACUAACUUAAUAAAAUCUAUCUUUAGUUCAUCUUUUUUUUAAACAAACUGUCAAGCAGCUAUGGAUGAAGUAUGAUUACUUUAUGACAUCCACAGAUCCUGAUUAAAUAAAAUACUCUGUUUCCUGA